GCUCGAUGAUUAUUUGCUGACCUUCCAAAAAUACGGAGUUCAAUUUUUAAAGCAAGUUCAGGAUAUUUAAGCACUUAAACUUCUACAGUGUGCCAUCACUGCAUAUGAUUAUAAGCCUUGCAUUGCAAUCGGUCGUCUUGCGAAGAACUUCAAAUCUGGGAGUAAAUCAUCGCUUCAAUGGCACCCGAGGCUUGGUUGAUCGAAGAGAGCGCAGAGGAUCAAAGACCUCCCAACCACCGAAACCCUAAGGAAUUUCUCUCUCUGGAUAAGCUCGCAGAAAUUGGUGUUGUCUAUUGGCAUUUGGAUCCAAAAAAACCUGAGAGCGAGGAAGAACUGAAAAAAAUUCGAGAAGCUGGUGGAUACAGUUACAUGGAUUUCCUUGAGCUUGGCCCUGGGAAAGUAGAGAACUAUGAGGAAAAGCUAAAGAAUUUCUACAUAGAGCACAUGCAUUCUGAUGAAGAGAUUCGUUAUUGUUUGGAAGGUGGUGGAUACUUUGAUGUUAGAGACAAAGGCGACUCUUGGAUUCGCAUCAGGAUCAAAGAGGGUGACAUGAUUGUAUUACCGGCGGGCAUCUAUCAUCGAUUUACAUUAGACACGUCCAACUAUGUUAAGUUAAUGAGAUUGUUUAUUGGGGAACCUGUUUGGACCGCUUACAAUCGCCCUCAAGAUGAUCACCCGGCAAGGAAAGACUACGUAAAUAGUUUGAUGAAGCAUUCUGAAGUUUCUUUGGGGGCUUAUUGAUUAGCUGCAUUAUAUAUAUGGGCGAUGCUGAAUAAUGAAUACUGGGAACUGUGCUUGAACGUGGAAUAGUUGUGCGCCUUUUUAAUUUUGUACUAUGACACUGUUUUAAAAAGUAGUAAGAAAGCUGUCCAAACGAAGCUUAUGUCACUUAUGUUUGUAUAUGUUCUUCAUGUUGUUUUAAUUUGGGUUGGAUUUGAAU